ACAAUGGAUAGGUGCAAGCACGUUGAGCAGUUGCAGCUUGCUCAAGGCCAUUCCAUCCUGGACCCUCAGAAAUGGUACUGUAUGGUCUGCAACACAACCGAGUCCAUUUGGGCUUGCCUCAGCUGUUCCCACGUCGCCUGUGGGAAGUAUAUCCAAGAGCACGCACUGAAGCACUUUCAAGAAAGCAACCAUCCCGUUGCAUUCGACGUGAAGGACAUGUACGCUUUUUGUUAUCUUUGUAACGAUUAUGUCCUAAACGAUAACGCAGCUGGAGACCUGAAGUCACUACGGAGUACACUAAGUGCAAUCAAAAGUAAAAAGUACCCUUGUGUGGUUCAGAGUGACUCGGUUUUACAUUCUGUGGAUGCACAGGACCACGUUUACUCCUUACACCACGGCACCCAAUCUCUGCCUGGAAACGAGGAUCCAAUGUGCGCCGCCCUCUGGCACAGGAGACGGGUGCUCCUGGGGAAAACCUUUCGAACUUGGUUCGAACAGUCAGCAACUGGAAGAAAAGGGCAAGAGCCAACUCAGGAGAGAACGGUAGCAAAAGGAGAGGCGAAGAGAAGGCGGCAGCAGGAGUUGGAGCAGCAGAUGAAAGCCGAGCUGGAAAGCACACCUCCGCGGAAGAGAUUACACUUACAAGGCUCCUCGGAGGCAGCGGCCACGAUUGAAAUCGUGCCAGUGCCAGUGCCAGUGCCAGUGCCAGUGCCGGCGCCGCCCCCACCUCCCGCAUCCCCAGCAAAGGGCAAAGCCGCGCUACCUACCUCAGAAGACGGGGCACUUAAAAAAGUAAGUGACUCCUUAAUCAAACGAAGGCCCGCGGUAACUCCUGGUGUAACCGGACUGAGAAAUUUAGGAAAUACUUGCUAUAUGAAUUCUGUUCUUCAAGUGUUGAGUCAUUUACUCAUUUUUCGACAAUGUUUUUUAAAGCUUGACCUGAACCAGUGGCUGGCUGUGGCUGCCAACGAUAAGGCCCGAUCCUAUAAGCACUCAGCCGUCACGGAGGCGGCGGUGGUGGCAGAGGCAGCAGCACAGCAGAUGAAGGAAGGGCAAGAGAAAGAGAAAGGCUUCGCAUGCUCCAGACAUUCAGGUUUAUCAUCAGGCCUGAGUGGAGGGGCCUCCAAAGGUCGGAACAUGGAGCUUAUUCAGCCAAGGGAGCCCAGUUCCCCGUACAGUUCUCUUUGCCAUGAAUUGCAUACCCUGUUCCAAGUCAUGUGGUCUGGAGAGUGGGCCUUGGUCUCGCCCUUUGCCAUGCUUCACUCCGUGUGGAAGCUGAUCCCUGCUUUCCGUGGUUACGCCCAGCAAGAUGCUCAGGAAUUUCUUUGUGAACUUCUGGAUAAGAUACAACGUGAACUAGAAACAACCGGAACCAAGUUACCAGCCCUCAUCCCCACUUCCCAAAGGAGACUUAUUGAGCAAGUUCUGAAUGUGGUGAAUAACAUUUUUCACGGACAACUUCUUAGUCAGGUUACAUGUCUUGCUUGUGACAACAAAUCAGAUACCAUAGAACCAUUCUGGGACUUGUCCCUGGAGUUUCCAGAGAGAUACCAAUGCAGUGGGAAAGAGGCUGCCUCCCAGCCGUGCCUGGUUACUGAUAUGUUGGGCAAAUUUACCGAAACAGAAGCUUUAGAAGGGAAAGUCUACGUGUGUGACCACUGUAACUCAAUGCGUAGAAAGUUUUCGUCAAAACCAGUUGUAUUCACUGAAGCCCAGAAGCAGCUUAUGAUAUGCCACCUACCUCAGGUCCUCAGACUGCACCUCAAACGCUUCAGAUGGUCAGGACGUAAUAACCGGGAGAAGAUUGGUGUUCAUGUUGUCUUUGAGGAAACCUUAAACAUGGAGCCCUAUUGCUGCAUGGAGACCCUGAACACUCUCAGACCAGAGUGCUUUAUCUAUAACUUAUCUGCUGUCGUAAUUCACCACGGAAAAGGAUUUGGCUCAGGACACUACACUGCCUACUGCUACAAUUCCGAAGGAGGGUUCUGGGUACACUGCAACGAUUCCAAGCUGAGUAUGUGCACUAUGGAAGAAGUACGCAAGGCCCAAGCUUAUAUCUUAUUUUAUACUCAGCGAGUUACUGAGAAUGGACAUUCGAAACUCUUGCCUCCUGAGCUCCUGUCCAAUAGCCAGCACCCCAGUGAGGAGACUGAUGCCUCUUCUAAUGAAGUCCUUAGCUGA